AUGUCCGGCCCCGUCCCAACCGCAUCCUCCCUGGCGGACAUCUACCCCCCGUCCGCCCUCGCAGCAGAGGCCCCGAGAUGGAACGCCCUGCUGGCCAAGUUCGAGCGUGAGUUUGGCCACCCGGCGCGCUUCAUCUCGCGGUCCCCCGGCCGCGUCAACAUCAUCGGCGAGCACAUCGACUACUCGCUCUACUCGGUCCUGCCAAUGGCCAUCACCGCCGACGCCAUCAUCGCCGUCUCGACCAAGCCCGCCGCCCCGGACGCCACCUCCUUCACCAUCCGCGUGCGCAACGUCCAGGACGCAAAGUUCGCCCCCGCCGACUUCGACGUCCCCUUCGGCGGCGACGUCGAAAUCGACUCCACAAAGUUCGAGUGGACAAACUACUUCAAGAGCGGCCUCCGCGGCGCCCUGGGCCUCCUCUACCAGAAAAAGGGCGCCGACUUCCGGCCCUGCGACAUGGAGGUGCUCAUGGACGGCAACGUCCCCGUCGGCGGCGGCCUGAGCUCCAGCGCCGCCUUUGUCACCGCCAGCGCCCUGGCCGUUAUGACCGCCAACGGCGAGACCACCGUCGACAAGAAGGAGCUGACCGAGCUCGCCAUCGUCAGCGAGCGCGCGGUUGGCGUCAACUCCGGAGGCAUGGACCAGGCUGCUUCCGUCUUCUCGGAGCAAGGAUCCGCCACAUUCGUGUCCUUCACCCCCAGCCUAUCUGCCCGCCCCGUCAAGUUUCCCCCAACACGGCCUGAGCUUUGCUUUGUGAUCGCGCAAUCAUUCGUCACCUCCAACAAGCAUGUCACUGGACCCAUCCACUACAACCUCCGUGUCGUAGAGGUCAGUUUUGCGGCUGCUUACCUCAAUGCCGUGCUCAACCCACCCGGCACGGAGCUGCCACAGGACGCAGGGCCCCUCGGCAUUAGUCUCCAGGGGUUCCACGAAGCCUUCUUCUACCACAACGGCGGGUCAGACUACGCCGCCGCCAAGAGCCUUACCAAGGACGAGGAGCUGCGCCGGCUGAUAGACAUCACCAAGGAGACGCUGACCCGGGAGGACGGCUACACGCGGGAGGAAAUCGCCUCCGUCCUCCAGAUGUCCGUGCCGGAGCUAGAGAAGCGCUUCAUGUCCAGAUUCCCCGUCCGCGCCGACCGUUUCAAGCUGAGGCAGCGAGCCCUGCACGUCUUCACCGAGGCGCUGCGAGUCGUCCAGUUCCUAGCCUUGCUCGAGGGCCCCCUCCACACGGGAAGGACAGACACGACUCAGUUCAACGAGGAACUUGGCAGGCUCAUGAACGAGACCCAGGACUCCUGCAGGGACUUGUACGAAUGCAGCUGUCCCGAGCUAGACGAGAUAUGUCGAAUCUCACGUGGCGCAGGGGCGUAUAGCAGCAGGCUGACGGGAGCCGGGUGGGGAGGAUGCAGCGUCCACCUCGUGCCGGCCGACAAGGUGCAGGCCGUCAAGGAGGCGCUGGAGCAGCAGUACUAUUCCAAGCUGGACCUGACCGACGAGCAGAGGGAGCAGGCCGUGGUGGUGAGCCGGCCCGCUCGAGGCAGUGCCGUCUAUAUAGUCGAGGGAGGCCAACUGAGUUGA